GUUUUUAUUCACAAUCCUCAUGCCCGAGGACAGAAAAUAAACACAAACCGAAUAGUGCAAAGUAACCAAGAUGCAGACAUUUCUCUUCUGAACAUUAAUCAAGGGAUCACUUGUCUGACUUCAGGGGUGCUGAACCCUCAGCUGGGCUAUGAUUGUCUUCUGGUUGGAACACAGACUAACUUAUUGGCUUACGACGUGUACAACAACUCAGAUUUGUUUUACAGAGAGGUUUCAGAUGGAGCCAAUGCAAUAGUUCUUGGGAAGCUGGGAGAUAUUUCACCUCCACUUGCUAUUAUUGGUGGAAACUGUGCCCUGCAGGGCUUUGAUUAUGAAGGAAAUGACCAUUUUUGGACAGUUACUGGGGACAACGUCCGUUCAUUAGCACUGUGUGACUUUGAUGAUGAUGGAAAAACUGAGCUUCUUGUUGGCUCUGAAGAUUUUGACAUCCGCGUAUUUAAGGAGGAUGAGAUUGUGGCAGAAAUGUCAGAGACAGAGACCAUCACUGCCCUCAGCCCCAUGUAUGGCAGUCGCUUUGGCUACGCUCUUGCCAACGGCACCGUAGGCGUUUACAACAAGGCCGCGCGCUACUGGAGGAUUAAGUCAAAAAACCAAGCAAUGAGCAUACAUGCAUUUGACCUGAACUCUGAUGGAGUGUGUGAGUUGAUCACUGGCUGGUCUAAUGGGAAGGUUGAUGCACGCAGUGACCGGACUGGGGAGGUCAUCUUUAAGGACAACUUUGCUUCCUCGAUUGCAGGGCUGGUGGAGGGGGAUUACAGAAUGGAUGGGAGCACCCAGCUAAUCUGCUGCUCAGUUGAUGGUGAAGUUCGAGGCUAUCUGCCAGGAGGGGAGGAAAUGAAAGGGAACCUAAUGGAUACAAGUGCUGAGCAGGAUCUUAUCCGAGAACUUAGUCAAAAGAAACAAAAUCUUCUGCUGGAAUUGAAAAAUUAUGAGGAAAAUGCAAAGGCUGAAUUGACCACUCAGUUGAAGGAAGCUGAUGGGCAGAGAGGUCUGAUUCCAGCAAACACCCAACUCCAGACAGCCCUUGCAGUUAAUCUGGGCUCUGACAGCCAGUCUGCCCAUGUGGAGCUGUGUAUUUCCACCACAAAUGACACAAUCAUCCGUGCUGUGCUGAUCUUUGCUGAGGGCAUAUUUGAAGGAGAGAGCCAUGUGGUCCACCCCAGUGCCCAGAACCUCUCAGGCUGUGUUCGUGUUCCCCUUACUCCACCCAAAGAUGUCCCUGUGGAUUUGCACAUCAAAGCCUUUGUGGGGUACCGAAACAGCACACAGUUCCAUGUGUUUGAGUUGACAAGACAGCUUCCCCGCUUUUCCAUGUAUGCCCUGAGCAGCCCAGACUCGGCCACAGAGCCCCUGAGCUAUGUUAACUGUACCAUGAAUGAGAGGCCACAAAGGAUCAUUAUGUGGCUGAAUCAGAGCUUCUUGCUGCCAGAGGAUGCAGAGUUCCAGAGUGCUCCCUUCCAGGUUUGCUUCACUUCCCUUCGUAAUGCAGGUCAGCUCUGCAUCAAAAUCAAGCCUGGUGGAGAGAUUUCUAUCAACACAGAUGAUAUUGAUCUAGCUGGUGACAUUAUCCAGUCAAUGGCCUCUUUCCUGGCCAUUGAGGAUUUGCAGGUGGAAGCAGAUUUUCCUGCCUACUUUGAGGAGCUGCGGAAAGUAUUGGUGAAGGUGGAUGAGCACCAUGCAGUGAAUGAGAGGCUCACUGCUGACAUGGCUGAGCACUCCAACCUCAUCCGCAGCAUGCUGGUUCAGGCAGAGGAUGCCCGGCUCCUGGGAGACAUGAAAAGCAUGAAGACACGCUACAGUGAGCUGUAUGACCUGAACAGAGACUUAAUAAAUCAGUACAAAAUUCGUUGCAACAAUCACACAGAGCUGUUGAAUAAUCUGAAAGCUGUGAAUCUGGCAAUCCAAAGGGCUGGGAGGUUACGUGUUGGCAAACCUAAGACACAAGUGAUCAGUGCUUGUCGGGAUGCAAUAAGAAGCAGCAACUUCAACACACUGUUCAGGAUAAUGCGUGUGGGAACAGCUUCUUCUUAGGGAGAGGAGCAGCAGCUGUGCAGAGGCAGUGAUUCCAUGCACUGAGCAGAUAAUGGGUGACAAGCAGUUAAUUCAGACCCCUACUCCACUGUGGGGUGAAGUAAUUACAAUGAUAUUGCUGUAGUUAAGUUGUCAGGUGAGAAAUAUUACAGAGACCAAAACUCCAUGAAGAGAGCAUCAGAGUUUAAGUGCAGAUGUGGUAUUUAUGUAAGACAGAAGUUCAAACAGUUAUUUUUUAUUACAGUAAUUUAUUUAUGUAUUUAAAUAUAUUUUGUAGUUAAGGCAUUGGUCUUUUCCAUUAAAACAUAGACUGGCUUGAUUGAUUUUGUUCUGAUUUAGUUGGGGAGAUGUUUACUGCUAAAUUUACGUGUUGAAAAAACCCAACCCAAACAAAUUCUCUGAUUUCUGCUGCAUGGUUCAUUUACACUUGAACUCCCUGUGCUGGAGAGCCCGGGGUUUCACGCAGGGACGCGUGGCUCUCCAGGUAAACUGCAGAGCAGUGCAUGAAAACCACCAAAAGAUAACAUCUUGCUGGCUCUUAAGCCAGAAGAUCUUUGACAGAUAUCCAGUUCCAUGUUCUGUGCAGGUAGGAAGUGGUUCUGUUUCAUAUCCAGCACUCUCCCCACACCUGGAUUGCAGAAGGUUUUGCUUCUAGCUACUGGUCCUGUGCUACUGCUGGAAAAACUGCAGAUACUGAGGUGGGCAAGGAUGCAUUUCAGGAACAACAAAAACAAACUACACACCCAAGCUUGGUGCAUAAUCAUGAAGAGCUGGUGGUACUUAAUGGGAUCAAAGGAAGGUAUUGGAAAAUGACUUGGCUCCUGGCUGAAACCUGUUUAGUUGUGUGAUCUCUUAGAAUUGCAUUAAAAUAUUACAGUAAGGCUCUAUCUCAGAUCUAAAGGUAUUUUAGAACCUUUGCCAAAGCAAAUUUCUUUUGGAAGCUAAAAAUAACUUUUAGAGGAUGGAGGUUGGGCCCCAGUGCUCCUGCAUCAGCGUCACCCUUGCCACCAUACAAUGGGCAGGGAGGAGUUGGUUCAUCUCAAAGUUCUUGGGUGGCUUCUUGGGGCUGUCAGAAGGAGUCAUGGCCUCUAACUGGUCUCUUAAUGAGCCACUACUGAAUUAAAACCAGCAACACCCUUUGUUACAGAGCCACUGGUGAGCAUGGUGUGGCCAGUCUGAAUGGGGAAUGUAAUUCUCACAAUGUUUUAUUCCCAAAACUGCCCCUCGCCACUGCCUUGGCCCCUUCCAUAUGGAGAACUCUGCUGCUGAAAGCACAGACCUGUGUCAGUCAGAAUCUGCAGCCUGAGCUCAUUUCAAUCCUUCCAAGAAACUGGUUGUUAGUCAAAUCCAGCUGCUUGGUAGAAGGGUGGGGAGCCACCCAUGCUGUUCUAAGCAAGUGAGCUCAGAGACUUGAUUAUGGAACAGUCUCCUGGCAUGAGUGCUGGGCUUUCUGCCACUUGCUGUACCUGUUCCCACUGUUUCAAGCUCUUGUUUUUUAUGUUCAAAAUCCUAAUGCUUGCUUGCUUACAUUUAUGUACUCAAUUUAAUGAUAAGAGAGCGGCUCUGAUCAGAAAGCAGCUUUCCCAUCAGUCUGAUUUUCAGGACUACACCCCCAGCUCUGGUCUGCUCCUGGCAGUGAGGUCAGUCCUUCACUUGCUGUCCAGACCUUUGGUAAGGCUGAUUUCCCCUAUCUAAGUUUCUGAUAAUAAAUUUGUAAUUUAUUUUUCUGUAAAACCAACUUUUACCUUUGCCAAAUGAAAAAUGUGUGUACUUUGCAAGCAGCUGCACCUAAUUGUAAAUACAGAUUGGUAUCCAGCAAGAGCAUCUAUAGAGAAAUCUCCCAUUACUGGCACUGUAUAAAUGAAGGCCCCUCUUCCUCCAGUAGCUCCUGUCAUUUGAAAUUUUAGUGAGUGAAGUCUUUCCUGUGUACCUGCAGCACCAGUCAUGCCUGGGGCUGCCUGUGGCUUUAGGACCUAACAAGAAGGGUGGGAGAGCAGAGACAUGUUCAUUUUUAAACCUUUGAAAGCUAACUGCAAAUUUGGCUUCUUAAAUGACUUCAUCUGAGUCACCAGAGGAAGAAGGGUGGUUCCUUGUGUGAUCAGGUAGAUAGGGGCUUGCUCAAGCAGAGGCUGGUGUGCCCUCUAGUGUACUAUUAUUACCCUUAUUAUUAAAAAGCAGCAAGCUCUAAAGAGCCUGACUUCUUUCCAAUCUCCUGGAAGGAUGUUCCAAGAUCUACCAAGCACAUUGUUAGGCUCACAAUGCAGUCAAAGAAGGAACUUUGUUUUGUUAAUUAAUUUACUCCCAACUUUGCCUAGCAGACUAAGCUGUGAAUAGCUGUGGUGUCUGUCACUUUUGUUCCAAACUACCCAAAUAAUUUUUUUUUUCUUUGAAACCUCCAUUACUUGUCUUGUUCUAGGGGAGAGCUCAGAAAAAGAACUUGUUUCUAUAAGAACUGCUUUCUUCCCAGGUAGAGCUGCUGUCCCAAUGGGCAGAAAAAGUGCCUCAGAAAUCAUGAUGCAAAAGGUUCUGUCCUCACUUCAGGAUUUGUUCCUAGCUUCAUCCCCGUGUCUUUAUAAGUGGCAAAGGAAGAUUAAAACCAAGUAAGAGAGUUUUGGCAGCACACAGAGAUGCUGGCUUUGGGAAAUGAGUCAGAGUAUGAACAAGAUCUUGCAACAGCACCUUGGGGCAACCACCUCCCAGCCGUCCUUCCUGGGCAACAGAGCAUGAGGGAGUAGCUAGAACUGAGCAGCUGCUCAUCAUCUGGGAUGGAACUGACACUGGAACUGGAGAGUCCUGCACAGCACACUCUAACAGCAGUGUUGGCCCCUUGCUCUGGCUCCUAUGGGGGCUGAGCUACCUUUCCCUUUGGAAGCAAUGGCAGCAGUUCCUUUACUGAACUUUGUGUAUUGGGAUCGAAGCUGAAGGUUGUUGCUCCUGUAUCUUCAUGCAGACAUGGCCACAGGACAUCCCACCUGCUCAGGAAAGGUGCAGAGCACUCAUGCCUUGCUUUGAGUUUACUGCUCCUGUACUGCCAGCUGUGGCUUUACACAACUGUGGUGGCCUCCAACAACAGGCCCAGAAUGGGAGAAGGAGCAGAACUUUAGAGAACUUUAACUCAAAGCUGCCCUCUCCCACCCAGAAGAGACAGGAGCAAUAAACAUGCACUGCAAGCCCAUGGCCUGCACUCUGGCUUGCCUGAGCUGCAGGAACACUUGCCUCUGGGUGACAGAACAAAGUUCCAGGCAAGCAGGUGCAGACCAGGGCCGAGUCUCCAGCAGUGUUCUGCACUCUGGCUGUCUCCUGAAGCAUUGCUACAGCUCUGCUGCACCCUUGCUGGGCUGGACACCUCAGAGGUGAGUCUGGCACAGUCCUGCUUGCAGUGAACGUGGGGCAGGUGCACAGUGUUGAAAAUGUGCAGGGAGGUGUUGCACCAGGGCCACACUCACUGCCUUUCUUGCAGUGUUUGCCACAGGACUUGGCUGGCUGCUGCCUUGAACAUCUGAGCUGAUCUCCAGUGACAGAAGCCAUGUUAAAACUCAGGAGAUCCCAGGACAUAACACAAAGGACACAAGGCCAUGCUGUUUGGUGACCUCCCUACUAGCUCUGGACACCAAGCCAGUAAAAGGUAAGAUGCCUCAUUCCUGCUCCCAGUCCCUGGCCCCUGUUCUGAGGCUGGAGCUCAGAGCUGUGUGCACACCCACCCAAGGAGACUGUGCAGGAGCAGGUUUCUUCUUGGCUGUUUAGCUGUAAAUUCUUUGGAAAAAGGGCUGCAUCUAGGUCUGUCUAUACAGCAUUUAGCAUAAUGAAGUCCUGCUUGUUAUGGUGCCAAGUCCUUCCCAAUGCCUUUAUAGCCUCACUGUCUUCCUUCCCAACUCCACAGAGUUGUGCAGCUGGAAAACCCUCAUAUUUCCCAUGGCGGCUCCUUUAUUUUUGUCUCAGGAACACAGUUAAGCACCAGAAAAUGUCUUGGGCAUUUUCUAACAAAACUUGCUUGACCAGGUAUGAAACAUUUAACUGACCCAUUUCCUUUUUUUUUUUUU